AUGGCAACUAAAAUUCCAACAGAAAUAUUAAUUAAAAUUUUAAAUAAUGUUCAAUCAUUUCGUUCAACUAAAGAUUUAUAUUCAUCAUUAUUAGUAGUUAAUCGAAUCUGGUGUAAAAUGAUAAGGAGUCGAGGAAGAAAGCAUUAUGUAUUCAAACUUAUACGUAUAUCAUAUAGACUAGGACUUACUCAAAAUGGAUUUGAUUUAUCAUCAUCGCCACUUCAAGCCACUUUUGAUUAUCCAUCAUUCACUCAUAAAUUUAUAAUUGACAAUUUGGUUAACUUUAUUUCCAUAUAUUCAAAACAAAUUAUUAGUUCAGAUCGAGAUAUCAACAACAAAAAUAAUAAUAAGAACGAAUUGAGAAUAUUAUUUCGUGUGAUAUGUAAAUUAAUAAUAAAUCGUUGCUCAUUUCUGGAUUAUUUUAGUUUGAGGAGAGUCGAAAAUUUUCGUCAUUAUAGUGGUUUAAUUGAUUCAAUUCUCGAGUUACCUGGUGCCCAGAAAGCAUUUAAGAAAUUAAAGAAUUUUACUUCAAUGAGAGGAAACAAUGACCUGAUUUUUCCAUCAUAUCAAUCAUCAAGAUUAAUUUGUCAUAAUAUUUUAAAUAUGGAUUUGUUCUUGUACUCAUAUUCUCAAUUGCAAUUAUUUUCAAAACUUAUUAGUGUUCAAAAAAGUUUAGAAGAUAUAUUUAUUGAUGCAUCUAAUUAUCCAUGUAAUUGA